AGGGGUGAGCUGAGUUGCUGAUAAAGCAGAAUCCACCCAUCUAGCUGCACCAGAGAGGGAUCGGGAACCUUGGCUGCUGCAAAACAACGUGCUCCCUGGUGAGCAGUUUCCCCCUUGCAAACUCUCCUGUUCUGCAAAGUCCCCCAUUGAUCUUCUGCCUUUUAAAAGUAGUUUGAUUUCCCAUCGCAGUGCUAGCGGCCUCUUGCACUGGAAUGUUAUAGCUGAGCCGUAACAUGGUCACGACUUGUUCUGUCUUUCAGCAGUCAUUGGUACUGAGCCAUGGCUGUGUGGAUCCAGGCCCAGCAGCUCCAGGGGGAGGCCCUGCGGCAGAUGCAGGCAUUGUACGGCCAGCACUUCCCUAUUGAGGUGCGGCAUUACCUGUCACAGUGGAUUGAGAGCCAAGCAUGGGACUCCAUUGACAUUGAUAACCCCCAGGACAGCAUCAAAGCCACCCAGUUGCUAGAUGGGCUGGUCCAGGAACUGCAGAAGAAGGCAGAACACCAAGUGGGCGAGGAUGGCUUCUUGCUGAAGAUUAAGCUGGGGAACUAUGCCACACAGCUGCAGAACACGUAUGACCGAUGCCCUAUGGACCUGGUGCGCUGCAUCCGGCACAUCCUGUACCAUGAGCAGAGGCUGGUGCGAGAGGCCACUAAUAGCCCAUCCUCAGCCGGCAGCCUGGUGGACACAAUGUCCCAGAAGCACCUGCAGAUAAACCAGAUCUUUGAGGAGCUGAGACUCUUCACCCAGGACACAGAGAACGAGCUGAAGAAGUUGCAGCAGACACAGGAGUAUUUCAUCAUCCAGUACCAGGAGAACAUGCGCCUUCAAGCCCAAUUCUCCCAGCUCUCACAGCUGGGUCCCCAGGAGCGCAUGUCCCGGGAGACGACACUGCAGCAGAAGAAGGCAUCGCUGGAGGCCUGGUUGCACCGGGAGGCCCAGACACUACAGCAGUAUCGUGUGGAACUGGCUGAGAAGCACCAGAAAACCCUGCAGCUGCUGCGAAAACAGCAGACGACCAUCCUGGACGAUGAGCUGAUCCAGUGGAAGCGGCGGCAGCAGCUGGCGGGGAAUGGUGGCCCCCCUGAGGGCACCCUGGACAUGCUGCAGUCCUGGUGUGAGAAGCUGGCCGAGAUCAUCUGGCAGAACCGGCAGCAGAUCCGUCGGGCCGAGCAUGUGUGCCAGCAGCUGCCAAUCCCGGGCCCCGUGGAGGAGAUGCUGGGUGACCUCAACAGCACCAUCACUGACAUCAUCUCUGCCCUGGUGACCAGCACCUUCAUCAUCGAGAAGCAGCCCCCCCAGGUGCUGAAGACACAGACCAAGUUUGCGGCCACAGUGCGGCUUCUGGUUGGGGGGAAGCUGAAUGUGCAUAUGAACCCACCCCAGGUUAAGGCCACCAUCAUCAGUGAGCAGCAAGCCAAAGCCCUGCUGAAGAACGAGAGCACCCGCAAUGAGAGUAGUGGGGAGAUCCUGAACAACUGUUGCGUGAUGGAGUACCACCAGGCCACGGGCACACUGAGUGCACACUUCAGGAACAUGUCCCUGAAGCGCAUUAAGCGCUCAGACCGGCGUGGUGCUGAGUCGGUGACCGAGGAGAAGUUCACCAUCCUCUUCGAGUCUCAGUUCAGUGUUGGUGGCAAUGAGCUGGUGUUCCAGGUCAAGACGCUGUCCCUGCCUGUGGUGGUGAUCGUGCAUGGGAGCCAGGACAACAAUGCCACAGCCACUGUGCUCUGGGAUAAUGCCUUCGCGGAGCCUGGCCGGGUGCCAUUUGCCGUGCCUGACAAAGUGCUGUGGCCCCAGUUGUGUGAGGCACUCAACAUGAAGUUCAAGGCUGAAGUUCAGAGCAACCGGGGGCUGACAAAGGAGAACCUGGUGUUCCUGGCCCAGAAGCUCUUCAACAGCCCCAGCAACCACCUGGAGGACUACAAUAGCAUGACUGUGUCCUGGUCCCAGUUCAACAGGGAAAACCUGCCUGGACGGAAUUACACCUUCUGGCAGUGGUUUGAUGGGGUUAUGGAGGUGCUGAAG